CGAAAAAUGGCGGCAAACCAUAAAUUAACAAGAAGCAUCUUUAUGUCUUUCAAAUCCAUCCGCCACCCUAAAGAUGUCCAUAGGAGACUCUCCAAGAGCUCGAUCCUCUACGAAUCCUCCGACCUCCCUCCACCAUCCGCCGAUUAUCCCACCAGCGCGAGCACAGGUACGAGCCCACCCUCCAAGACCCUAGUCCAAGGCGGCCAGGGCGGCCGUCGCUGGUCCCACGAGCUCUCCCCCGAGAAGGCCGGUCUCGUCGGCUCCGUCCUCGAGGUCGCCGGGUUACUCAAAGACGUCGUCCUCGACAAAAUCCAACAACGACCCCCCGCCCAUUCUCCUUCUUCUUCCAUGGCGACGACAACGACAACGACAGGUACGACAGGCACGGCGGCUGGAGGUCUUUCUGCAGAGGAGAAGCUAGAAGCCGCCAAGGUCGCGUUCGGCGGGGCGGAAGAAGCGGGUGAUCAGACUAUCUAUCUGGAGGGACUUCAGGACCAUCUGAGGCAUGAGCAAGCUGCAGCAAAGGAGGCAGCAGCUGCCAAGGAAGUAGCCGCAGGAAAGGCCGGAGGUCUGGAAGCAAAGGAUCUGUUAGGAUCGGCUCCGGAUGUCGCACAGGAGCAUCGCAAGUCUGUUUUCCACCUGGCCGCGAACCCAGAGACGAGGAAGACUAUGUUGUUGGACCAUCCAGAAUCUUUGGGAUAUCAUCCCAGGGACUCUGUCUGA